AUGUUUCCCGGAAUGAUGGUACGCUGCCCCACGAUAGCUCUCCUUUGCGUUCCUCUGUCUAGCCAACAUGACUGUUUUUUUUUCUUCGUCUUUCAUAUGUACCUCAUACCUCCAUUCCUUCUGCUAGUGUUUCCACUGGGAGUGAAAUCGCACGGGAAAGCUACCUGUCUGUUCUACCUUGGACUCCAAUUCCGUGUGCGACUAUUGAUGAUGCUUCAUUGUGUGGAUUUUUCUCAUAUCUUUGCCUCUUCUUCUCCUUCGGCCUUCCGGUUCUCAUGGAAUGAAGUUCCCAUCUGGACGAACGCCGCCUUGUCUUUUUCAUGUGAUUAA